UUAUCAAGUACUUCGAAGCUAGGCGGAAAUGGAUCUCGUUAGCAUUUUUUUGCUAAAUCUUGCUCUUCCUUUAUUUUUCGAACUAUCUUUAUGCCAAACGGAUUGCAAUGGCUGCUGCAAUCCGAACACCUAUAAAGUAAUCAACGAGCCUCGGCGUAGUAUCAAUAGUAUUUGGAAACAAGGUCAAACAGCGAUUUGCGAUGGAACUCUUUCAUGGGGAUGGUAUCGAUUCACGAGCUAUGUCGGUGGACAAAUGCCAACAUCCCGUGUCAACCCGUACCACUGUGGCACGGUUGCUCCGAUUUGGUUACGUGGAAAACACCCGUCAUCUGCAGAUCUAACUGUAACAGUCCAGGCGUGCACAAACUUCUUUAACCUCAGCAAUGGUUGCCACCAGCCAUUCAACGUAAAAAUAAGGCAGUGUAGUGGGUCACCGCCAUUCUUCGUCUACUAUCUAAAACCAACAUAUUCGUGCGCUGUCGCCUAUUGCGCCGGUAAGGAUACUGUCUAGUGAUAACCGUUCUCGGUAUUAGUACUGUUGUGUUGGAUGGGAAAUUCGGGUUUAAAUAUAUUUUCUGGUUUGUGAAACUUCUAAUACUUCGAACUAGUAGUUUGUUUCCGUGGGGAAAAAGUCAAAUAAAUAUGACCCUUGAUGCAGUUCCGGUUCUCGAGCCACUAGCUUUUCAAAACCGAUUAGGAAUUAAAGUUCAAUUUUCAUUCGUUUAAUUUUGGCAAUAACAUAAGUACCUCCCACCGGACAGAAACAUGAACAAUUGGAACAUUCUAUUCGCAAAGAAAUAAAAGCAGUACUUUUUGUUUCUAUUAUUAUUCAAAUUAAAAGCCAACUGAUGAUUUUGACAGUUUCCCGAAAGGGCUGAAAUAGAGAAUUCAUACACUACAGACUUUUUACCUAGGUAAAUUCGACUUGUUGACAGUUUACCUAGGGAAACUUGAUUUUUUAAGUGUGACCGAGGUUUCUCUAGGUAACUUACCUCGAGGAAAUUUUAUCGUCUGGGUCUUACAUAUGUCUCGAGAAAACAAGAGUUUCCGUUGACAGCUACCCCAAAGCGAUAGCUAGGAAAAAAAUGAAAUACCGAGGGUGCUAGCCAAUAGAUGCUCAUCGGCGAAAGUCUUGAUGACAGAGCCGCACGUAGCUCAUGCUGUGAAAGAAAUUUUGGGGGCACGAUGAGUCGUCUACGUCUUCGCUUUUCUUCACCUUCGACGUUGAAUUAGCGUAACAAAAAACAGUGAGAUAAAAGAAAAAAACGUCUCUUUGAUCAGCUAGAUCCCUGCGCAUCUUGCCUUGUUAAACUGAUUUACGCUCCACAAAAAUUUAACUGGCGUGAAAACCUUGAGACCCGAUAUCAAUAGUGUGACCUUCCCAGAAUUUUUCAUCUGGGUAAAACAAAACCCGAGAUGAAUUUACUUCGGGAGAUUUUGAUGAAUUUACCGGCCUAGGUAAAUCGCUUUUAACUAGGUAAAAGUCUGUAGUGUGACCACAGCUAUUAUGAUUUAUAAUUUAGUUCAGAUAUACGUGAGAGUAUAAAACACGGAGCUAUAGCUGUCAUUCUAUCGAUAAAUAGUUUGUCUAGGGCUUACUUUCUAUCAGUACUUAUUUACCAUGGUACUUUCUUACCAUCCAUCAAUAGUUUGUUUAAGGCUUACUUUCCGGCAAAUAAAAUGAACUGAAUGUAAAAAGAAAAGGGAAAUAGCGAAAAAUUCAACCACUAAUUAAAUCUUUUCUUAGUGUUUAGAAUAAACUGUUCUCGAAACUGAGAAUGUUUUGAUCAAAACUGUGUAAAUCGAACUGAAACUUUACAUGGAACCUUGCGUUUCCUGUAUUUAUCUCACCAUAUGUGUGAAAAUCUUCAUUAUGAAUCGGUAUAUUUCAAAGAUCUACACAACAAGCAAGACUUCGGAAAUGAGUGAUAGCCUGGGACCAAACUAAGCGUGCGCCCGUUUAUGAGAUCGUUUGGGGGGACGCGAAACAAACAUGGCGGAAAGCAAAGUGAAAUUUAGCGGGGUUAGAAAAGCUCAAAACAGCCAAAGGGAAGGUGACGAUGAAAGAAAAAAAAAACAUGAAAAUGUGAAGCUAAAGGAAGAGGAUGUGCCUGGAGCUAUUUUACCGCUUUCAUAGUUGUUGUGCCCUUCUAAGACGAAUAGCAAGCUGACUGCUAUCUAGUGAUGACGGGCUUUCACCGCCCGAAUUUCAACAGCAUCAAUGAUAUGCACAGUCCUUGGGUACAGCUCCUUAAAAAUGUUUGUCAAAUACUGACGUAAGACCUCUUUUCUUGGAAGGCAUUAAGGGCUCCAGUUCAACCCUCAUGAACAGUACCCAGGUAUUAAACAUAGUGGAAACGGUUGUUUCAGUGAAACAUUGAAUCUGUGUGCUAAAUCCUUUGGAAAUAAUCUUAUCUAAGUCAAAAUAAACUCUGCGUCUUCCUAGCUUUUUCUCAGGACUGGUGUUUUUCUUCGCGUAGGAGCCAUAAUUUAAGUUCUGGGCCUUGUAAUGCAACUUGUCGUAAAGAAGCAUGAGUGCAUACCAGUGUGGAAGGCCAGUGUAAAAUUUGAUAUCUUGAUCCUUUUCCUUAAAUUUUGAAAUGUCAAACUUUCGGAUUUUUCAGUGCAAGCUGAAGUCUCUUUGAAUCUCUCGUCAACUCGUCUUUUUCUUUUGCUAUUUCUUCGCCAUUGGAUUUUAAUUCAAAUUCCAAUCGAUCGAGAAAUUCUCCGGUUAUUUCAGUUUUGCGUCUCAGCGUCACAAAAGGAAAGAGUCGGUGAAACACUGUUACUUUGAGUGUUCACGUGAAUCUCCUCAACUGACACUUCAUUUACUGAGUCAACCUCACCGUUCAUUACGGUACGAGAAAUGUCAGUGUUUCUUUUCCUGGCUCUUGAAUUCGAAGUUGCCUCUGACCUGUAUAGAAUUGGUCGUUCACGUUUCUUUUAACUCCAAGGAAAAAUAGAUGGUAGAUGAGUUCUACUACGUAUUGCGCUUUUCACCGCCAUCCCAAUGGGCAGAGCAAAUCCGUGUGGUAUCGGAGUUCAAAUUCAUAUUCUCGCCGGAUACGUCUUGCCUUGGGUAUUCUAUAAAAUGUCACACCAUGGGAGUUCUUGAAAUUAUUUGGGCACAAAGGCACACAGCAAGUUGCAUGUCCCGGCAUUAUUCCAGGUGGCUGAUCGGAGUCUUCUGUCUCCCAAAACGAUCCCAUAAACGCGCGCGCACUUAGUUUGGUCCCAGGCUAUCACUCAUUUCCGAAGUGGGCUAUAGACCGACAAUAAACAGAGCGGGGGCAGCUGUAGUGUCAACUAUUACUAGUGGUAUGCUGGGUCCGUACUACCAUCCGGGAAUUGUAAGUUAAAUGGUGAGGAGGGAGUAAAGAAGCUUGUUGACUUUGUUUCCGACUGUGUGAUUGACUUGGUGUCUUCUGUGUCCCUAAAACACUACAUGCAUGGCCAUUUUCAGGAUCUUGUUGAUGAGAAAAAUUAACACAGACCACAAAAGACGCGCACUAUAUCGGUCUAUCGGCUUCACACUAAUUUUCCCACGAACGAAUGCGAUUAAUCGAUACCCCGUUGAUUAAUCCCUUAUUCCAUAGGCGUAUCUUAAAUGCGAAGCAAACAAACAUGUUCUUGACUUAUGUACAUUUCAGCCAGCGAACUAAUAUUCACGCGGUUACAGCAAGAAAAUGAGCCUCUCUAACGGCUGUGCUUGUCUUAUCAUGACGAUGGAUGUUGUCAUGAAAUUUAAGAAAAUUCAAACAGUGAGAGCUGCCACAAAAUUGUGUGAAACUGAACAUAACUACUAAAAACGUUAUAAACAACACAGCGAACACAAAAGAAAGAACGGAUGAACAAGGUUUGAAGAAGUUUGGAACGGAUGGCAAUUGCAGUACUUAAAAACCAGUUAGCCUUGCAUUUUUUCAAACCUCAUUUUUGUUGAACGUUUGACAUAAUGCUUUGGGAAAUAUUUGUUUGAUACGAAACUUGCGAAUUUCUUAUUUACAAGUAAAAUCCUCGCAAACGUUAACUUCUUUUAGCGAAUUAAGAAACGCAUUAUUACAAGGAACUAACAGCCGUGACACAGCUCCUUUAACAAAGCUGAAGACUAACAAUGGGCGUCUCACAUGGGAAGUUUGUGGGGGUUUUAGCGUUUUGUUUUUAUUUGAAUCGGGGUAUGCAUUAAAAAUACGGCAAGUGUAAGCGUAUACACAGUAAUUUUUAGGGAGUUAUUAUAACUCCAAAAAUGGAGUAAAAAUUUUAGGUACAGGAUAACCCCUUUCAAUAAAAUCCAACUAGCGGACUAUUAUCAAUGCUGUGUUCUGAUUGGUUCAGCUACUUCUAGGCUAUAUGUUAUAGCCCACUAGUAGCGAAAAGCACCGGCUUUGAAAAUCAAAACAAUGGCGGCUGAAUGGCGUUUUCCUAGCUAAAGUUGUUUUGUGUCGAUAUUUUUGACCAACUAGUUGGAUUUUACUAAAACAAUUAUUCCUCUCGCCCUCAAGGCCUCUGAGUCAAUAGCCCAUUCGGUCUUCGGCCUCAUGGGCUACUGAUUCAGAGCCCAUUCGAGCUCGAGGAAUAACUGUUAAUUAUGGGGUUACUUUAGCUCCUAAUUUUUACUCCUGAAAAAGAGUUCCUUUAACUCCCAGUCUGAUCGCACGGUAGCUCCAACUAGCUGUGCUUUGUGUAAGUUUCAAGUGACAGAUAGGACAAAGCAAGCAGAUAGGACAAAGCAAGCGUGAUCUGUCAAAACGUUUGACAGAUCACGCAACGGCUGCCAGGUAAUUGGAGAGGGAGCGGGAAACGAUUUUCGGGGGCCUUCCGUGCAGGUGCUCCCUCUCCCCUCGCGUGUCUCCUUCUCGCGCGCCUGUUUGUUUUUUCUUGUGCCCACUACUUCCAAGCGCCUGCUACCCAAGCUAAAUGCUGUUACGAAUGCUGGCUACAUACAUUCGACGCAUGCGUAAUAACAACCUGGAGAUUAGGAUUGCGGGCUCUUGUCGCCCGCAAUAAAUACAUGUAUCAACUCUACACAGGCCGCUUUUGAUAUGUUAAAAUCAAGCAUGAUGGAAUCCUGGAGGAAAAAAAACGCAAAUUAAAUGACUAAGCAGGUUUAUUCACUUUCUUUAAUUUGUUGGCGUCAUCCAAGACUCGCUAUCAUGCUAAAUUUAAAUACAUCGAAAGUUCAGAUUUGGUUCAUGUUUCUUUGCAGGCACUAUAAAACCAUGCGGUUAUGGACAAGUGUAUCUUAUGAAUCAAUGUGUUGGUAAGUUUCGACUUUGAAUUCUGCCUAGACCGU